ACUCGACUAAUGACACAGCGUAAGAAAGUUGUAGAGCUUCCUACUACUACCGAUAUACGUCGAUUUUCAAUUUUCUUAGAUAAGAAAAUUGAUGAUAAUAUCAAACUAUUAGAGCAAGGAUUUUCAAUUCGAGCCUGGCGUGAUCUCUCUGAAGCUGCGCUGAUUCAAUUGCAAUUACUUAAUCGUAAGAGAGCUGGAGAAUUGGAACGGUUCGAGUUGGAUGACUACAAGAAGAUGCAAUUUAUUAAAGAAGGAGAUGAAGGGUAUAAAUCUUUAUCAAAAAAAGAUAAAGAAAAGGCGAAAGAAUAUGGCCAUAUUGUAAUUCAGGGAAAGUUGUACAAAGGUGUACCUCUGUUAUUGAGUACUAAAGUUCGGGAUGGAAUUAAUGUCGUUAUUAAGCAUCGAAAAGAUGCCCGUGUAUCUUCUAGAAAUCCAUUCGUGUUUGGAAUAGCUGGUUAUUACAAAGACGCCCACUUGGGUGCCUGUAAUGUCAUGAGAAAGUUAUCGGAGCAAUGUGGCGCAGAUAAUCCUGAGUUGCUUCGUGGUACAUUUUUGCGCAAACAAAUUGCAACCAAAUGCUCUGAGAUGCAACUGGACUCGACAACAACUUCAAAAGUAGCUGACUAUCUUGGACAUGACGUGACUAUUCACAAGAAAGUCUACCAGCAACGUACGAGAGCUGAUAUUUUGGAUAUGUCCACUAUUUUACUUAAAGCUCAAGAUCCAAAUGAAUCGCGUAAUAACUCUAAGGGCUCAAUCGAAAUGGAUUCAACUAUUACCGAAUCAGAUAUUUCUGCAAAUCCAGGUACAUAUAAUUUCAAUGAAUCAUCAGACAUAAAUCGAGAGAUUGGUGAAAAUAAUGUGAUCGAUCCGAUUGUUGAUACUUCUCUUGAGGAAGGGCCGAAAAAUCAUAAAACUCAUGAUAAGACUAAGUCUAGUAAUCAUUCGACUGACCGUAAAAAAAUAAGUCGAGUCCGUUGGAGUAAGGACGAAGAGAAAGCAUUUACAAAGUAUUUUGCUGAAUAUUUGAGAACAGAAACGUAUCCAUCUGCGAUUGUCAUCAGGGACUUUAAGAAAAAAUAUAAUAUUCUACCUAAUCGUGACAUACCUGCUCUAAAAACAAAAUUAAGCAAUUUUUUUAAGCUAACACCCAGUGCCAAAAUAAAGAUGUUACAAAGUGGUAAGAAUUCUAGUUUUCUUAAGCAAAAAAAAAAUCUUGCGUCUAAUAUGAAAAGAAAAGAAAUGAAACUGAAAGACAAGGCUCAAAAAUUAAAAGAUAGUACUGAUAAUAGUAAGGUGAAGCACCACAUCAAAUAUAUAUUUGAUUCUUACAUUGAAAAAAGUCACUUACCUUCAAAAAAAACCUGUGACGAAGCAAAAAAAAAUGAUAAAAUAUUGGAAGUCGUCAGCAUCGAUUAUAUUCGAAAUGUUAUUCGCAAGCAAAUUGAUAAAAAAAAGCAGUAA